CCUGCCCCCGCCACUCAAGCAGUGCGCCUCGGGAGCCUCGUUCGUCAGCUCCCAGGUUCGUCGACAUGUCGCCAGCUUCAAUUUCCCUCAAUUUCAUCCAAAACUCGGAAGUCCAUCAUAACAUCGGACAAAAAUGAAGUUUGGUGCACGGGGUUCAGUGAGAGAUGCCCAUACAACAACAUCAACCCCUAAAAGGAAUCAGCAAUACAGGGCUCUCGGUAGUCCAUGAGCCCGAGGGCAAUGCGCCAGCCGCCGUCGUCGAUAUUGUCAUUGUCCAUGGUCUCCAGGGCCAUCCUUUCACAACAUGGGCUUGCAACAGACCGUCUCCGCCGCGGCAGGCAUCUCUGCCAGUGCAACGCGGCAAGAAGAGGGAUUCUUUGCGCUCCAUGAUCUCCGUACGUCUGCGAAAAUCUUCCCCGGGUAGCAAGUCCCCGCAACCGGCAGACCUACAUCAUCCCCAGAAGCUCCAGGAAUCCAACCCACUCGUCUACUGGCCCCGGGAUCUGCUCCCAAAAGACUGCCCCCAGUCCCGUGUUCUCGUCUAUGGUUACGAUACCAAGGUCACCAAGUAUGUUAAAGCCGCUACCAACAAGAACAGUGUCUUCUCCCACGCCAAGGACCUGCUUUUUGCGUUGUCGAGGGCAAGGCAGCUUGACCGACCCCUGAUCUUCAUCACCCACAGCCUCGGAGGCGUGGUCGUCAAGGAAAUGCUCGCCCAAUCCGCCAUGGCCACCGAGGAAGGGCCGAAAAACAUCGUCGACUCUACAUCAGCCGUCGUCUUCCUCGGCACCCCUCACCGAGGGAGCCCAGAGCUGGCUGCUCUUGGCGAAUGGGCCCGAAGCUUGAUCAGCAUUUUUAGGAUGGAGACCAACGACGCCAUUCUCAACGCCCUGAAUCUCAGGACUACCGAUCUUGAACGUGCUCAAGAAUCCUUUUCGGCUCUCUGGUUCAAGUACGACUUCCGGGUAAAGACGUUCCAGGAGGGCCUGGGGUUGACGGGUGUCAACUUGUCAGUUUUGGGCAACAAGGUCGUCCCGGACUCGUCAUCGCUCAUAGGAGACCCCCGUGAGCAACCAGAAACCAUGCAGGCAAACCAUAUGGACAUGUGUAGAUUCGCAGGUCCCGACGACCCAAACUACCUGAAGCUAUCCGGAGAAAUCGGCUCAAUCUAUGCCUCGCUCGUCGGUCUCAACGAACAGAAAGUCCACCAGGGCGGCCAUAUCCAACGGCAUAAACCAUCUCUGGCCGCUCAGUCAAUGAGGUCGGCGCCAUCGGCGCGGUCAACGCGGACGAGAAGCGGGAGACAUCCUGGCCUGGGCGCCGCUGAGAUGUCCAGUCUCAAAACCCUAUGGUAUGCGGGUAUGGAUGAACGAUGGCGCAACGUGGAGGAGCCAGCCGCACAGACGACGCUUUGGCUCUAUGAGCAGCCCUCAUACCAAGACUGGUUCCACAACCGGAACCAAGACAAACAUUGCGGUCUUCUCUGGUUGAAGGGCAAGCCCGGCGCAGGAAAAUCGACCCUCAUGAAGGCAGCGUUCCGGAGGGCCGAGGCUCAGCAAAUACAGUCCGGUUAUUGGACCGCGGCUUUCUUCUUCAACGCCAAAGGCAGUGAGCUGGAGCACUCCCCCCUCGGCCUCUUUCGGUCACUGCUAUAUCAACUACUACCCCGGUAUCCCAGCCAUAUGCGUCGAUUCGCCCAGAUUCUGUCCUCCAAGAGUGAGCUGAACCCAGACAAACCGCCCGCCCUCGGCGAAUCCGAACUCAAGACCUUCCUUCAGUCCAUGUUUGCUACGAAAAUAGAGGGGAGAACCGUCAUAUUUGUCGAUGCUCUCGACGAGUGUGACGCUAAGGCUAUGCGAUCCCAAGCGUACUUCUGGAGGGAGAUCACCCAAUCUGCCCAUGCUGCGGGCACCGAGCUCAGCGUUUGUCUUUCGAGCCGCCAUUUCCCAGCCAUCACAGUGACCAACUGCCCCGAGAUUCUCGUGGAUCAGCACAACAACCAGGAUAUCAUCAGGUAUGUGGACCAAAGACUCGGUCUCGGGAUUUCCGAAGCAGAACCAGAAAGACAGAUUCUCAGAGACCGCAUCAUCAGCAAGUCGGCUGGCGUAUUCCUCUGGGUGACCUUGGUUGUGGACGACAUACUUCAGAAACGGGACGAGGGUACGAGCUUGCGGUCUUUGCUUGGAGAACUCGACAACAUCCCCGAAGAAUUAGAGACCCUAUUUUCGUCACUACUCCGGGCCCUGGAGCCGGGCUUGAGGCGGCUCACUCUCCGGCUGUUUGAAUGGGUUGUUCUGGCAACCAGGCCUCUCCGUCUCUACGAAUGGCAUCACAUUCUUGGUUUCAUCCAAUCCGAGCCACCCGAGUCUCUCGCCGCCUGGCGAAAAUCGGAGAAAUACACGGACAGCACUGAGCAGCUGGCGAAGCAAAUCAGAACGGUAUCCAAGGGUCUGAUCGAAAUAGUAUCUAGCGUUGGGGUUGGGGAUCAUCAAAGCGACGGCUCCGCGCUCAGCUCUGCUUACGCCGGCGCUGGGUCAAUGGAACUCGACCAGGGCGAGAACCGCAUCGUACAGGUAAUUCACGAAUCGGUACGGGAAUACUUUCUGCACGGCGGUGGCUCCUCCUUGUUCGACGAGAGUCACACUCAAUCGUUCGUUGCCCAGGGCCAUCUCUCCAUCAUCGGCACCUGUCUGGACUAUAUCAACAUUAAGGAGCUGGAUGCGCUGGUCGAGGCACGUACCGGGCCGGCCAAACCUGCUGUCCCACUAAACCAGGGGUUUCUAUCCGUCCCUGCUAGAGCGCGCUCCUGGGAGUCGUCGUCGAGCGAAUCCAGCUCAUCACCUAGGAACACCUUCUCUCGCGGCUGGGGCCGGAGAGCCUCCGGCAGUGUCAAAAGCUUUGGCUCCGCUUUUAGCCAUUCCAGUAGCUACGGGGCACGGGCUAGAAGGCACAGCGUUGAUGCGGGAAAGAGUAGCUACCGGGAACGGGUUAGAAGACACAGCGUUGAUUCGGUAAAGAUUAGCCAUCCCUUUCGCCUGGCCACGACAACCAGUUGGAAGCCAAUCUCUAUGGGCAGCCGGUCCUCUUCCAAACGGUCUACGGCCGGCCGCAAUGCUCCCCAGGGGGAGUCCGUCUUUGAACAACUCAAAAAGGCAUCUGACGCAGCUUGGGACCGCGAUUACUUUGCACAGAGGAUGUCCAUGUACAAAAUCGCCCCGGACCAGAUAUCGGUCAACCCAUCUCUUCCGUACGAUACCAUGACGGUAAAGACGCGGCUUCUUGAGGACUACCCAGCGCUCCUUUCCUACGCCGUAUCCGAGGUGUUUGCCCACGCUCAGUUGGCUGACGAGGCUGGGGCCGACCCAAGCCCGGUUGUGCGUCGCUUUCAGGAGAAUGGUCAAUGGACCAGGUGGUUAGCUUUGGCCGAGGACUUGUCCCUUAAAACCGGACUGCUCUACUUUGCCGCGGAUCAAGAGCUUUUGUCUUGGGUUCACCAACUGAGUGUUAUGGAGUGGCCGGAUACAGUCCCUUCACAGCGAUCCACCGCCGCGUACCUUUUUACGAAGUGGCGGGAUACGGAGCCAUCCAUGAGGGAACAGGGGAUGGAUCUCAUCGACCCCCGUGUGCAGGAACUCCUUCUCCACACAAGGCGGCUCAUCAAAUCGGCGGCCGUGGAGGCGGUAAGGAGGCGAAACAGAACCGCCCUGGAUUUUCUCUUGUGCCAUUUCGAACCUUUUUUUGACGACGACUUCGAUGACCGCCCCCUGCUUCAUACACUGGUGGCGAAACGCGACAUCUCACUGCUGCAGACAUUCCUUUCUCGGGCCCAGGAGGAGUCUAGAGCCAAGAAUGAUCCUUAUUUUGGGGACUUGAUCGAGGAUUAUGAACGUGCGCGUGUUCCGCUGGUAGAUAGGCAUGACCCCGUCGGCCGGACAGCGUUACACGUUGCGGUGGCGAUGCGGGAAGUCGCAAUUGUCUCGGAAUUACUUCAAUACCAUGCCAGCAUCAAUGUGCUCGAUAGGGAUCACCGAGCACCGUUGCAUAUCGCUUGCGCGAACAACUCGGGAGGAGACUGGGGCACGGAUGACGGCAAAGAUCCUGCGGUGGCAGAGACGGCAGAUUACGACAUGGUGGAACUGCUGCUGAAGAGCGGCGCGCGUUGCGGUGUUUUGGAUAAGGAUGGCCACACAGCUCUCCAUGCUGUUUGCUACAACAUUCCGGAACCGGCGCCGCCAGAAGAAGGCGACCCGGACCCUGGCGGGGGAGAGACCGAGCCUAACGGGGUUGUCCGCAUCAUCGAUCUUCUACUACUGCAUGGAGCAGAAGUCGACGCACUGAGCAGCCUCGGCACUACCCCGUUGCACAUGGCCUGCCGUGCGGGUAACGUCUGGCGCGAGUCGUGCCCGAACACAUUGGCGGCGGUCAGGCGACUUUUGGAUGCCGGGGCGAAUCCCAACGUGAGCAGCGACUCAAACGAGACACCGUUACACAUCGCGGCCGCACGCUCAGAACACCGUAUCGUUGCCGAGCUCAUCCAACGCGGCGCCAACGUCAUGGCGAGGGACGAGCUCGGCCAGGUCCCUCUCCAUCACGCCGCAUGGGCGGCGAACGACGGCGUCGCGGCGGAACUCCUCGCGCAGUCCAACCAAACCAUUGAUCCUAUUGACAGCAAGGGCUCCACGCCGCUGCACUUUGCCUGCCAGUUCUACCCUGCCGAGGGCAACGACAAGCACUGCGCACGCGGUCUGCAGCUCAUGAGGCGGCUUUUGGAACGCGGCGCCGACGUGCACUCGGUAUACAACUGGCUCGGCCUCUCGCCGUUCCGUCUCGCCGAGUCCCGAGGCCUAGCCAAAGUUGUUGCGCUCUUGAGGGAGUUUGGUGGCGACCCGCCGGUGCCGCCACCGCUGCCGUCGCCGAAGCUGGUGCCGCUAACGGCUGCACAACUUGAAGCGUCGCCAGAGUGGAAGCUCCCAAACUGGAUGCGACUCCUGCUGGGGGCCAAGGAGCCUGUUGCUGGGCGUGGUGUUUCCAGCACUCCCAAUGUUCCAAGUGCUCCUGGUGCGAGAGGUUCCAAGGUAGUUAGGGGUCUCGAUGCUCCCUAGGACAGACAUAUAGUUCGGCUACCGAGUAUCAACCGACUGUGUACAUAUUUUGUAAAUACGUACCCUACCGAACUUGCGCGUUACGCGCAUGUUAUAGGGCGAUUAAUAUAGCUUUAUACUAUUCUACUA